GGCAUGUGUACAAAGUCUCACAUUACUUUGCGCAACUCACGGCUUAUAUACUUGGGUAUGCUACGUUGACCUGGUAUCAAUCGCUUUGUGGGAUAAUCGUACCUGAAUUACUUUCCAUCUCAUCACAUGCUAGAAUCCCCCGGUCACAUCUCCCACGACAGACAAGCACUUAUCCCAAGUAAACACAAUGGGCGAAUCCAAGCAAGUAGCUCUCGUAGUCGGCGCCUCGAGAGGCAUCGGUCGACAAAUCGCCAUUGACCUCGCAAAGAAUGGCUAUGCAGUCGUCGUUGCUGCAAAGACCACCAGCGACGCAUCCAAGGCCAACCCCUUCCCACCGAAUCCCAAUUCAAAUGAUUCAACCAUCAGCACAGUAGCUCGUGAGAUCCACGAGGCCGGCGGCGACGCAACACCCAUCGCCGUCGACGUGCGAGACCAAGACAGCGUCACACGGCUAAUCGAACAGACGAUCAAGAUCUACGCCCGCCUCGACGUCCUAGUCUACAACUCAGGCGCGAUCUGGUGGGCCUCGGUCGAAGACACGCCCCCAAAACGCUUCCAGCUCAUGCAGCGCGUGAACCCAGAGGGCCUCUACCUGACCCUCCACGCCGCGCUCCCGCACCUCAAGCGCCAGCGCCGCGGCCGCGUCGUCGUCGUCAGCCCGCCCAUCUACAGCCGCUUCUUCCGGGGCAAGACGGCCUACGCCAUGGGUAAAGUCGGCAUGAGCGUCCUGACAAAGGGCUUGGCUAUGGACCUCGUCCGGCAGGGGUUGGAUGAGAUGGCGAUUACGAGUAUCUGGCCCGCCGCGGCCAUUGAAUCCGCAGCAACCCAAAAAUUCCAAGCCACAAACGCCGACGAAUCAAAGGACCUGCGCAAACCCACAAUCUUCUCCGACGCCAUUCUCGAGAUCCUCCGCGCGCCCGCCGCAAAGGUCAACGGCGAGCUCGUCUUAGACGAAGACUUUCUGCGGGACCACGUGGGAGUCACGAACUUUUCAAAGUACUCCCUCGUACCCGGGUCCACGCCGCGGAGAAUUAUGCCGGCAGACCUGCCCGAUUUGCGUGUCAAGGAGCAGGACGACGAGGGGAAGAGGUAUGAUAGCGCCAAGGCGAAGCUUUGAAUUGGAGUACUUUAGGUAGCUAUCUUGUGUAGGAAUAAAAUGGUUUCUCAAAAAGAC